AGUUGUUUACUUUCGGAAGAUUAUAUUUGGUGAUAGCUGACAGUACCGAAAAAUCAGAUUAGUAAAAUAGAAAAAUAUAUCUACUGUAUUGAACCAUGGCCACGAAAGUACUCUUCUGCCUUGGAAAUACCUCGAACAAAUGGUUAUUAUCCAGCCACAAGCCGAAAGCUUUUCCACCAAAUCUUCUGCGGCAUGUCCGAUCUUUUCGAAAGUUAAGAGACGCUCCCAAGCAAAACGUCGCACCAUUCUCCAGAUUAAAUAUGGAGACAGGCCCUAUCCAACCUGGAAGACUAUGGAAGUGUCUUGGUUUUUCCAUCUUGUUUAGCGGUGCAUCGUUAAUCGGUACAGUGAUUUGGGAGUAUGAAAAUAUCAGAGAAAGAGCCUACAGCAAGGUGAUGGGCAAGUACCAUAUUGUCAGGCGGACCGGAUGGCGAGCAAUGGUGCACAAUUGGUGGCAUAGCUUGGACGACGGAAAGAAAUUAUUUUACCCAAUCUGCUUGAUAAAUGUGCUGGUAUUCUGCGCCUGGCGUAUACCGGCCCUGCAGGGUACCAUGUUGAAAUAUUUCUGCUCCAAUCCAGCCUCAAGUGCGAUGUGCUGGCCUAUGGUUCUAUCAACCUUCUCGCACUAUUCGUUAUUUCACUUAGGUGCGAACAUGUUUGUAUUGAACAGCUUCAGUUCGCCAGUUGCCUCAGCACUUGGAAAGGAACAAUUUCUAGCACUUUAUCUGACAAGUGGAGUGAUGUCCAACUUUGCCAGUUAUCUUUAUAAAACCAUGUUUGCCUUGCCAGGUUAUUCUCUCGGAGCUUCAGGAGCCAUAAUGGGAAUUCUGGCCUUUGCUUGCACGCAGUAUCCGGAGACACGACUCAGCAUCAUAUUUCUCCCCAUGUGCACAUUCACCGCUGGCGUGGCAAUCAAGGCAAUGGUCGGCAUUGAUACGUUAGGCUGCAUAUUGGGUUGGCGAUUUUUCGAUCACGCAGCCCAUUUAGGUGGUGCUGCAUGGGGAAUUUUCUGGCAACAAUGGGGUAAUUCGCACAUUUGGCGAAAUCGAGCACCUAUUUUGACCAGAUGGCAUUCAAUCAGAGAACCACCUCCAAAACGUUAAUGUUUUUCCACAUGCCACUGUAGGACAUUGACCUACAUCAACACAAUGUACUUCGCGGACUAUUUAUAUAAAUGAGAUCAAAGAGGAA